AUGGCGAUAGAAGGAAGUCAACACGCGGUUUCUUCAUUCGAUACAGAAAAUGAGAAUACGGAAUGCCCCUUACAAAUAAAACAGAAGAAACACCCAUCAUACUUGUGCUCGCACAGUGGACUGAUACUCGCAUUUUUUGCUAGCGGCUUAUUCUCUGUGAGUAACGUAUGUGUCAAGCUAGUUACCACAGUUCAUCCCUUCGAGGUGGUGUUAAUCCGCUUGUUAUUUGCAUUGGCGUAUGUUAUCCCAGUGAUGCUAUACAAGAACGUAGACUUUUGCGAAUUCAGAGACAUUCAAUACAUAUGGUUUAUUGUAUCAUGUGUAUCUCUUAGUGCUGGGUUUGUGUGUUUAUUUAUUGCCAUUAGUAUGAUACCUGUUGGGAAUGUUGUUGUCCUUUACUCUAUUCGCCCCAUUAUCACAGCGUUUAUGAGUUGUUGUUGUUUAUCUGAAUCUGUUACAUGGCUUGACUUUGUACUGGGAUUUGUCAGCAUAGUAGGCAUAGCUGCAAUAACAAAACCAGAGUUUAUAUUUGGGAAUUUAUCGUUUAAUGAGUCCAUGACUAGUGGACAUUAUGUACUCGGAAAUUGUAUGGCCAUUGUAGUCGCAUUGUUUUCGUCACUGGCAUUCGUUUCUAUGCGAAAAUUGGGAAAGAAAGUUAGUGUAUUAGCAAUUAUAUUUUACACCUCUUUGUGCGGUGUUGUUAUCACUUCGAUUCCCUUGUAUAUUAUGAACAGAUUUUCACUACCAUCGUCGCUCAGUGAGUGGCAAUACGUGGUUGUCACCGUUCUCUCUAGUCUUCUGGCAGAAUUGGUAUUCCUGAAAUCUCUGCAAAAUGAGAAGGCUACUUUUGUAGCGAUUAUACGAACAAUGGAUAUUGUAUUUUCGUGCAUUUUAGAAUAUAUAUGUUUGGGACAUCAACCUGAUUGGACAGAUAUUGGGGGCGCUGUGCUUAUUAUAAUAUCGUCUAUUGGUAUUAUGAUACAGAAAAUGUACGUUGGAAAACCAGAUUGA